AUGGCGGGUGUCAUACCAACAACCAAACACAAACGGAUCUUCCUCCUUACGCUUCCGCGAACGGCUUCGAAUCUGCUGGUCCGUAUGCUGAACUUGGAGAAUCAAUCUGCUCUUGUGCGACCAGAUGGUGAUGCUGAAGCAAAUUCCCAGUAUGAGUAUUUUUUCGUGUCAACUGUGCCACUUCGCAUCGAGCUUGCCGACCGGCCUUCAGAGAAAUGGUCACAGGAUGAAUAUACGCAAGUAAAGCAGCGUCUUCAGGCUUCGGCAGAUGGACUGUUGAGUUACCUUGAAGAAGCAGGAGCAGAUGGGAGAAGUGUCUUUGUGAAAGAGCACCUUCUGUGGAUGCUUUCUCCCCAAGCGGAAGACUUGGUAAAGCGCGUUGACAAGUGGGAGAGGCGGUUCUGGAAAGUGAAGUUGCCUGGAGGGACAACCAUUCAACGAGGCUCCAAAGCGGCAUCCGACGCUUCGAAUGAUAGGCAAGGCGAUGUGCAGGGCGAGCAGGCUCCCAUCGUUGAGAACGAGACAGUCUUUCCUGAUGGCUUUCUGCGUAUCUGGACACCAACUUUCCUGAUCCGGCAUCCAGCCUUGGUAUUUCCGUCCCUCUACCGAACCUCUGUAGACCUAGAAGGCCGCGACGAAGCCAAGAAGAAUGCUGGUGGAAUGUUUCGAUUAGAGAUGACAUGGCGAUGGAGUCGUAAACUAUGGGAAUGGUACAACCAGCAAUGGCAGGAGGGAAACACGAUAUUACGUCCGAUCAUUCUGGAUGCGGACGACAUCAUUCUCAAGCCAGGGGUCAUUAUCUCAUACUGCAAGCUAGUGGGUCUGGAUGCAGAGAAGUGCCGGUUCGAAUGGGAGCCUGCCAAUGCUGAGGAGGGAUGGAGUAUGAAUUUCAUCGAGAAGAGAAUGAAGUCAAGCCUGCUGUCUUCAGCUGGCAUCAUACGAGAAGGCAAGGUUGCAGCAGGGCUAGAUAUAGAGCAGGAGAUGCGCAAAUGGAGCGAUGAGUUCGGAGAAGAAGAAGCAAAGAAGAUUGAGGCUUGGGUCACGGCGGCAAUGCCAGAUUACGACUUUUUGUGCGAAAGACGUUUGAGAGUCUGA